UUAAUGUAAAAGUUGUUGGUAUUCGAGUUUAGCUUGGUGUUAUCACUGCAUCACCUGGUAUGUUUCCAACAACAGUACGUCUUAGUGGUGUCUCAGGAACUGACACUGACAAGUUGUGAUUAUAUUAUUACCAUAGAACUUAGUGUAUGUUUGUGCGAGGUAGGAUUAACACAUGCAGGAUUGUCAUUACACUGUCAGCAAUCCAAAUAUUUCAUUAAGCGGACCAGCCAUGGUAGAUACACAGCUGCCAAUGUGGCAAGUGAGCUUUGGGCUGAAUCCAGUGGAUAUGGCAGAGCUAGAUGACCACUCCCACUCUUUUGACAUCAAGCCCUACACAACAGUGGAUUAUUCCGGCAUUUCCAACCGGCCUUACGACUACAACCCUCCCGAGAGAGGCAACCUGACAGAGCUAGACUGCAAAUAUGAUUUUAAAUUACAACAGUACCAUCAUACAAGCACAAUAAAACUUGAACCACCAUCUCCACCUCAGUACUCGGACAAAAGCUUUCCAUAUACAAAACUGCAUGAGGACCCAUUGAACUCCACGCUGUCCGUAGAGUGCAGAGUCUGUGCGGACAAGGCCUCGGGAUUUCACUAUGGAGUCCAUGCAUGUGAAGGGUGCAAGGGCUUCUUCCGCAGAACAAUCAGGUUGAAGUUGGUAUAUGACAGGUGUGACCUAAACUGUCGCAUUCACAAGAAGAGCAGAAACAAAUGUCAGUACUGCAGGUUCCAGAAGUGUCUCAUGGUGGGCAUGUCACACAACGCCAUACGAUUUGGCCGAAUGCCCCAGGCUGAAAAGGAGAAGCUUUUGGCAGAGAUCUCCAGCGAUAUUGACCAGAUGAAUCCUGAGUCUGCUGAUCUCCGAGCCCUUGCCAAGCACUUGUAUGACUCAUAUUUCAAGUCCUUUCCUCUCACCAAAUCCAAGGCGAGGGCCAUCUUGACGGGAAAGACAGGAGAUAAAGCCCCUUUUGUGAUUCACGAUAUGAACUCUUUGAAGGCUGGAGAGCAUUACAUCAGCUUCAAGCAGCCCCCUGUUCCAGAGCAGGGGCAGCAACAGAACAAGGACAUGGAGAUACGUCUUUUCCAAAGCUGUCAGUUCCGCUCCGUAGAGGCAGUCCGGGAAAUCACGGAGUUCGCCAAGAGCAUCCCGGGCUUCGUCAACCUGGAUCUCAACGACCAGGUGACUCUCCUCAAGUACGGCGUCCACGAGGUGAUCUUCAGCAUGCUGGCUUCCCUCAUGAACAAGGACGGGGCCCUGGUCUCCUGCGGACAGGGCUUCAUGACCCGCGAGUUCCUCAAGAGCCUCCGCAAGCCCUUCUGUGAGCUCUUGGAGCCCAAGUUUGAUUUCUCUGUGAAGUUCAACGCCUUGGAGCUGGACGACAGCGACCUAGCAGUGUUCAUCUCUGUCAUCAUUCUCAGUGGAGAUCGCCCAGGUUUGGUGAAUGUAAAGCCCAUCGAGGACCUACAGGAUAACAUGCUGCAAGCACUGGAGCUACAGCUCAAAAUGAACCACCCAGACUCCCCCCAGCUCUUUGCCAAACUGCUCCAGAAAAUGACAGACCUCCGGCAGAUCGUAACAGAACAUGUGCAGCUUCUGCAGCUCCUCAAGAAAACAGAACUGGAUAUGGACAUCCACCCGCUUCUGCAGGAAAUAAUCAAGGACUUGUACUAGAAGACUACAUUCUGUCUCCUCACCCACUCUGUAGCCCUUUUCCUUUCUUUUGUUUUGAUUUUAAUAAAUUGCACUAUGUCAUUAUGAGGGAAACAUAGUACAUGCCUGUGAAAUUACUGUGAAUACGUAAAUAGUUUAUAUAAAUGCUGAAUGACCCUUUUUCAUUUAAGACAUAGGGUGCAGUUAGCUUCAGUUUCUGUCCAUGUUUGUAUGAGUUUCUGUAACAGCUUAUUCGAAUGAGUCUUAAAACAUGGAUAAAAAAUGGAAUAUCAGAAUGAAAUGGCAAGGGGUAACCUGCUGGAUUUGUUUGGAGCAUUUUACAGCAUUGGGGAAUCACCCAGAAUUUAUUUUGAAGGGGGCUCCCGAGUGGCGCAUCCAGUAAAGGCGCUCCUCGCAGGAUGUGCCCUAUAGCCUGGAGAUCGCUGGUUCGAAUCCAGGCUAUGUCACAGCUGACCGUGACCGAGAGUUCCUAGGGGGGCGGCGCACAAUUGGCUGAGCGCUGCCCGGGUAGGGAGGGCUUAGGUCGGCAGGGGAAUCCACGGCUCACCGCGCAUCAGCGACCCCUGUGGCCGAUAGGGCGCCUGUGGCUCUGCAACGGAGCCGCCAGAUCUGUGUUGUCCUCCGGCACUAUAGGUCUGGUAGCAUUGCUGUGGAUCUGCAGUGCGAAAAAUGAUGGCUUGGAAGGAGCACGUUUCGGAGGACGCGUGUUCCAGCCUCCGUUUCCUGAGUCGGCGGGGGGGUUGCGAGCGGUGAGCCGGGGAUACAGAUAAUAAUUGGGCAUGCUAAAUUGGAGUGAAAACCGGGGUAAAAAUAAUUGUCGACGACUAAAUUAAAAAAAAAAAAAAAAGAAAAAAAAAAAGAAUUUAUUUUGAGUAAGUGCCCCCAGACCUUCCUUAUAGUUAACGUGCGUGCGUGCGUGUGUGUGUGUGUGUAUAUAUAUAUAUAUAUAUAUAUAUAUACUGUUCAUCCCCUUAUAUUUACAGACUUUAUUGGUAAAAUGAAAUAGUGGUUCCUCAAAAACAUUCUUAAUCAGAACUUUUCUCUGGACUUUUUAAAUAUUUUUUUAAUAAUUUUUUUAUGUAUUUAUAUUUACAAUAAACUUUGUCUUGCAGCUCAUAAGCUGUAAUUAAGAACAACAAUUCCUUCAAAUUACUUCCACAGAAAAUGAUCCAGUCCAAUAAAGUAUAUACAUUAAUUUAGUAAAUAAGAAGAUAUUCGUGUGGAAGUAGUAUUACAAUGCUUUCAAUCUUAUGAUUCACAGGACUUGUAAUGCCAUUUUAAGCACUUACAGUACUAUCACAAUCCUACUUCUCCCAAAGAAUAAAGUGGACUAUUACUGUUCAACAAAAGAGAGUUUACUAAUGCUCUAAAAUGCAUGGUACAGUGUAGGUAAUAGAGUACUGAACCAAAAAAUGUGAAUGAAACUAAUGAAAUGUAUUCCAGGAGAUAAGCGUUUUGACAAGGUGUCUUCUUAGCAUCUAGACAAUUGUAGGUCAUACUACUAAACAACACAGGGAGAGCUGAAGAGGUGUUUUUGGUCAGGUUACAAGAAUAUCCCGUUUACACUGGUGCCCAUCUGAUAUCUGUCUGCAAACUCUGCCUGGCAGGUUUAUAUAGAACCCACAGCCAAUGAUUGCUGCUUAUCAGUGAUGCCAUUAGUGCAGUUGGCUAAACCUCUAUUUCUCUUCUUUCAGAAGUCUAUAGAGGCCCCCAAAAUCCAGUGUAAUUCCAGGUGGAGCUUGGAGUCAAGCCUGGCUGCAGGUGUAAGAAAUUGAGGGUCACAACCAUAUUGGGCUGUUUGUUCCUCUGCCUGAUUCUAGCUAAGUACAAAAUGAAGUAACUGAUGAGAUUUAUUUGGAUUGGCACAGAGUUCUAUGAAAAGGGGGAUCUGUGAUGGUGGUGAAAGCAAAAAAUAUUCCAUGAGCGAGGAAAAGCUUGAGAUUCAAAGGAAGUUGGUUUUGGCUUCCCUAAUGACUGGAUUAUUAUUGCUAUUUUAUCAACACAGAAUGCUGUGAAUAAAGUCACCAGCCACUCUUUCAACUCAACCUGCAACCCACUCUUCCAAAGUACUGUCAAAGAAAAUGAUGACAUUGCAAGAGUAAGAUAUUAUGUCCCAGAGGGUCUCACUGGUAAAGGCGUGGCCUUGUGACCGGCAGGGUGAGCCAGCAGGGGGGUCAUCGGAUUGGUUCUGGCACUCCAGUGGGUUAGGGAGUCAAAACCGGCAGGGACCGUUUCUGCUUACCGUGCGGUACAGCGUCCCCUACUGGCCAGGUGCCCAGUGAGCCUCGGGGGUUAAUGGAAUACAUGAUUUACUUGAGUUCAGACAUUGAAAAUGAGACCAGGGUAACCAAGGCUGCUCUCCAAUGACAGGGUGGAAAGGGAAACAAAGCAAACGAUUGGCUCUCGCAGGGAAUGUUGAAAGUUGGCAGAUGCAGUGCCUGGACAUGAUCCUGGUGCUUGUGAGGAUGAUUAAAUGGUUUAUUUCUGUUGUGUCAGCAUAUCCUUAGUUUGUUAGUACUAAUUCUCUGUUGGAUAUAUCCUGCCAGAUUUCAAAUAGACUCUGCCAAACAAUAAAAAAAGAAGUACACAAAAUAAUAAGGGGUAAUGCUGUACACAUCAGUCUGCUUAAGAAAUGCUUUACUUAAAAAGGGGCUUACAGUGUACCCUUUUUUAUAAUGUAUAAUGGAUUUUUCUUUAAUCAUAGUUUUCAGUGAAUGUAUGCAUACUUGGUAUUAAAUAUGCACUUGCCCAAUAAUGUAUUAAGAUAACAUUUUCUAUAGUCUUUUGAAAUGCAGCUUCAUGAAAGAUGUGCUAUUCCUGUUACACAGUCUAAUUGUCCAGUUUAAAAAGUUACAAAGAAUAUAUAUUUAUAUGUAUUGGUGCUCAGUGUUUACAUGGAUACCUUUAAUAUAUAAAAAGGGUUGACUGUAACAAAAGCAGUAGAAAUAUCCUGUAAUAGUUAUGUCUCAUUAAAAGAAUCCUUUUCUGUCACAUUUACUGGAAUUUUGCCUAUAUUACAAUUUAAUAAAAAAAAUGACUUUGGCUUCUUAAAGGGAUAGUGUAAUCUGAACAUAAAUGAAUGGUCACACAAGAUGUUAAUUGUUUUUUUCAUAUGUGUUUGUUAAUGUGAAUAAUAUGGCAUAUGUACCAGUCAAACAACUGGAUGGAGGGAUCAAUUUAGAUAACCAAAUACAAGAGCAAAUCUAAUACUGCAAUUGUUGGGACUUUAUAAAAUCAAUUUUUCUGUUGCAGAUGUUUAUUUGUUAUUGAUAACUAGAAUAAAGAAUUAUCUCUAUUGCCAAAUGUUUAAUAUAAAAAUUGUAUUUCGAACAAAA